GUCAGCACCCCGCCGUAGCGGGGCCGGGCCGGGGCGGGCUUGGCGUUCCCGCGGUGGCACUGCGGAAGCGCGAGUGAAAUCCGCCGGCAGGGUGGAGUGUGCGCUCUGUGCCUCUUUCGGUGCCGGCUGCGCUGUAGGCCUCAGCCCCAUGGAUCCCUUUCUGGCUCUGCUGAAUUCUUUGUCCGCCUGUCUGUCUGCCAGCGAGCUGCACGACCUGAAGUUUCUGUGCCAGGACAAAAUUGGGAAAAGGAAGCUGGAGUCUGUCCAGAGCGGCAGGGAGCUCUUCAACUUCCUCAUGGAGCAGCAGCUGAUUUCAAGUCAUAACGUACACUUGCUUAAAACCAUGUUUAAGAGCAUUAAAAGAGAAGAUUUGGUCUUACGGCUGGAGCAUUUCAUAGAGGAGGGAGAAGCCAGCGCUCCUGAUGAGCGGCCUGACGUGAAGGAAAGACGUUUGCAGAAGGUAGUUAUCGAAGUUAUAUGCGAAAAUGUUGGGAGAGACUGGAGAAGGCUGAUGCGAAAACUUGACCUUUCGGAAGUGAUGAUAGAGAGAAUAGAAGAAGACAAUCCACGGAAUUUGCGGGAGCAAUUGGUUCAGUCACUUCGAGAAUGGCAGAAAUUGAAGGGGAAAGAUGCAAAGGUGACUGACCUAAUAAAGGCUCUUCGAGACUGUAAUAUGAAUUUAGUGGCAGACAUAGCUGAAGAGAAGCUCUCACGUCUGAACACAGAAAACAUGUGAAAUGAAGAGAAAAGCACUUUCACAUCACAGAUGCAAAUGAAGAAAGAAGCAAAAGUGCCUUUUGAUCAUCUGUCAUUGGCUCUGUUAAUUCUGCCAUUAAUUUAUGUGCCUUAAAAUUAAUAGGUUAAUUUCAGAUCAGGUUAUAACUAAUGUGAAAACAAAUCCUUCCUUUCAGGCAGUGCUUCACAGUUGGUGCUUCCUUUAAGAGAUUUUAACUUUUGGAAUACAAAUUUUUUGCAGAAAAUUCCGAGACUUUAGUUUUGCCCCCCACCUAAAAAUAAUAUAUGCUUUAUUGCAGAUUCCUUACAAGUGCCUUGUCUGUAACUACAUCCAUGGGACACUUCUGAGGGAACUGACAAUUUCAUUUUAUAUAUAUAUAUAUGUAUAUAUCAUAUACACAUGUAUAUGUGUGUGUAUAUAUAUACAUGAAUAUUCCAACCUCCUAAUAAAAAGUAUAUAUAUAUAUAUAUAUACUUUUUAAGUGAUCUGUUUGUAACUAGUGUGAAAAGGGGGAAGGAGGCUGAGCUCUUAGCUAUGUAGUGAGUCUUCUCUUUGUUUUGAGUAGCAUAAGGUAAUAUCUUCCAUAAUUUUUUAACACCUUUGCUAUCAGUAAAAUAAUUCAAAGAAGACCGUAAGCUCAGUCUGUAAGACAUCAGUGCAUUAGGACUCAUAACUACUGUAGUGUUUUUUUGUUUUUGUUUUUUGCAAAAAAUGUGCCUGGAUUGAAAAACAAUCUUGUUGAAAUUAAUUAUCAAGUGCCUUUAUACACAGAAUCACAGAAUGGUUUAGGUUGGAGCGUGCCUCUGCAGGUUAUGUGGUCCAACUGCCUGCUGAAGCACAAGUACAUGUGGCAGGCUGCCCAAUACCAUGCCCAGGCAACAUUCCAGAGGAAAGAUAGCACAGCUUCUCUGGGCAUCCUGUGCCAGUGCUCUGUCACCUGCACAGUACAAAAGUGAUUAUGGAUGUUUACAGCAGACUUUUUUUUUUUUUUUUUUUUUUCAUUGCCUUGAAUGUUUUAAGAUUUUCUAAAGCUAGUCAUCUCAUAAUCUAUAUCGGGGAAUCGUGGUUGUGUCUGCUGGAUGCUGCAGCUCACCUCAUCAGUCAGCCACAGUUACUUGUGGUCUUGGUUUAAAAUAAAUAAAUAAAUAAAUAAAAAUGCUGUAACAGGAACUUAGAAAACAAAAAUGACUUCUUUUUAGUCAAGGAGCCUGAAAGCUUAUGGGAAGAGUACUAACUUUCCACUGAUAUCCUGUGGAGAUCAGAUACCUUUUGUCAUUCUUGGUUCGAGUACUACUGGAACUGGUAGUACUUCCAAGUUCUCUGCAAUUCUUUACUUUGUUCCCUUUCCUUUACUCUUCUAGAAAGUGGCUGUAAGCAACUCACAGUUGAAGGAGCAUUUGUAAAAUGAGACCAGACCUAAAAAAGUACAGAUUUUAUGCCUACUGUAACACUGGAAAAAGCUGCACAUGCUUCAAGACACAUAGGGCAAUGGAAGCCUUGGAGUUAUUUGUUAUGCCAGAGGGGAAAAUUCUCUGAUAUUACUAUUGUUUAGAUGAGUUGGAUUGUUACUGCAAACAUUCAUCUAGCUACAUAGAUGAUUCCUAAACAGGAAGGCUUUUUUUUUUUUUUUUUUUUUUUUAU